GCAGUGCACGGUUGCAUCAUCCCCACCUGGUUAAUGGUUGUGUGGGAUCCUCGCCGCGGCUGGGGUGACUCAGCUGAUAGUGUUUGUAAAACGCUGCUUUUUUCAAAUUUUUUUCAGCUGUACGGUUGUUUCAGAAGCGCUAUGCAAGCGGAGAAGAGCAGGCUCACGCGCGGUACAAACUUCAGUUUUUGUUUCCAGAUAUCCCAGGGGGCCGCAGUGAUAAAGCUGACCAGGGCUGUCUCAGCAUCCCCUCUGACUCCGAGGAUGGAAAGAAACUAAAAUCUGAUACGUGUCCAGUUUCCAGAUCCACGGCAACAUCUGCACCAUGUUACUGAAGGACCACAAUAGGGAAGGGAAGCAGAAGAAGAUGGUUUUGUGUGAGAGGAAGGUGCUUCGCUAUGUGGACCCCCCGGAUGGAGGCUGGGGCUGGAUGAUCGUGGUGCACUGCUUUCUGGUUAAUGUCCUGGUGAUGGGCAGUCUGAAGACCUUUGGGAUCUUCUUCGUGGCGUUCCAGGAUGCGUUCGGGGGCUCCUCCGAGCAGAUCAGCUGGGUCGGCUCCAUCAUGUCCUGCCUGCGCCUCUCUGCUGGACCUCUUGCCUCGGUGGCUUGUGGGAAGCUGGGGUACCGCUGGGCCUCAAUCGUGGGGGCUCUCCUGGUCAGUGCCGGUUUCCUCCUGAGCCUCCUGGCCACCAGCAUUGUGUUCCUCUGCAUCAGCAUGGGGGUUAUAGUAGGUAUCGGCUUCUCUUUCUUGUAUCAGGCCUCCUCUGUCAUGACAGCGCGGUACUUCAAAAAGAGGCUGGCGACGGCCUAUGCCAUCGGCCGCUCUGGAAUGGGUCUGACCUUUGCCCUGGCACCGUUCACCCAGCUGCUUUUGGAGCAGUACGGAUGGCAAGGAGCGUUGCUGAUCCUGAGUGCUCUCAUGCUCAACCUAGUUGCCACGGCGAUGCUGCUGCGGCCAAUCAAUCUCAAGGGGAGUGAACCCUGGAGCCCACCUCCCCCGUCUAUUCAGAAAGACAUUCCCUGUGAAUACAAGGGACUGGUCAAAGACCAGGUCCGCUUUCAGAACUGCCUCAACAGGGGCGGCGUUAUAAAGCAUGGCAACGCCGUCCACACUGCCACCUCAGGGACCACCUGGGACGUCACUGCGACUGAAAAGCCUGGGGACCCCGAACUCCCCCAAACCCCAGCGGUGAGCCCGAAUGGCAGCCUUGGGCAGGACGAGAACGUCAGCAAUAACAACUGCAAGGCUGAAAAGAGAGACCUCCCUUCAGAAGAGAGCCAGGUCUUCCUGGGGCCGAAUGCCAGCGGGUUGCUGGUUGGUAAAGCAGACCCACAGCAUCCCACGCAAACUAACAAGAUCUUAGACUUCUCCCUGCUGAAGGAUCCCUUCUUCUGCAUCUACACCUGGUCUGUGGUUUUCAGCCAGCUCGCCUACUUCAUCCCCUACUUCCACCUCUCAGCCAGGGCUGAGACUCUCGAUAUUGACCCCAUGGAUGCCUCCUUCAUCAUCUCGGUGGCGGGUAUCACCGAGACGGUCUCCCAGCUUGUGUCCGGAUGGAUGACCGAUCGGAACCUUGUCCACAAGUACCAUUACCACAAGGCCUACCUCAUCCUCUGUGGCCUGGUCAACCUGCUGUCGCCGCUGGCAACCAGCUACAGCCAGCUCAUGAUCUACGCGGUCUUCUACGCCAUCUUCUGCGGGGGCUACAUGGCCCUGCUGCUUCCAGUUCUGGUGGACCUGGUUGGGGUGCAUCGGAUUGCCAGCUCGAUGGGGUUCUCCAUGUUCUUUGUGGGGCUCGGCUGUCUCGCAGGACCUCCCACUGCAGGCUGGCUGUAUGAUUACACACAAACCUAUGACUGCUCCUUCUACCUGGCGGGUGCCUGCUACCUUCUCUCCUCGAUCUCUCUCUUUUUUGAGCCAUUGGCACGGAGGUGGAAAGCCAAGAGAGAAGCAGAGGCUCUGGCCAGGGAAACAGACUGCAAGACUAACGGCACUUUCAUCUCGGAGGCUGCGCACAAUGGACUGGCACGGCCCUAGCAAACCGAGAGGUCAGACUGAACUCUUUGGAGAACCAAGGGAGAGAGUGACCCUGCCAAAAAUAGACCCAGUGGGAACUGGCUUAAACCAAGGUCUUUCCUUCACCCACGCUGCAUUUGAGAGCCAUCACUAUGUUCUUCAAGAAAUUAUAAUCCUUCACAGCAAAAAUCAAUUCUGUUUGGUUUUAAUCCGUCAUUGUUUGUUAUAAUCCAAGUUUGAGCCAAAUGCACCCUUUUAUUGCACAACUUCUUAAACUUGUGAACGCUAACGUGUCUGUUUCGGGUUCGAGGGCAACUUGCUUCUAGUUUGCUCUGAAUGAGUUGAGCUGAAACUCGUUAGCGUUUCAGUGCUAGACACUGAGGCAGUGACAUUGCUCCAGUAUAGGGUUAGAAAGUGCCUUAGUGAAAGUCGGGAGGUAAUCUUAUGAAGCAUUUUUAGCAUCAGCAUGAUCUAUGUCUGUACAGCACUAACACAAGAUUCACCAGCAACAUACCACUGUGAUGUACUGGUCAUUUUAACAUGUGACUGACAGAUUAAGAGUGUCCCAUGAUUGGCUGAUGUUCCUUGCUGUUUUUAUAUAGUUUCUUCUUGGCACGAGAGGUAUAUUUUGAUGUAUAAGCAGCACAGCGAACAUACGGAACUGAAGCUAAGUACAGGAAGGGAAAUUAAACUUGUUUAUAGAAUGGGCAAGAAUUAAAUUGCAACAGAAACAAGAAUCUCUAACUAGACUUGCUUCAUGAACUUGGGUCUAAACACUGCUUUCAUGAUUUGAAUGCCCUAUUUUUACUUUGCAAAUGCAAAUUGAUAUAACCUAUUCAAAAUCCAAGAACCAAACAAUCUUCAGUCAAACAGAAGGGCACCAGUGAUGAUGUGGUAAUAGCAUACACUUUCACACAUACUACUUCUAAUUCAGUUUUUUGCAUGUGAAACACUACAACAAUGAAACAAGAUCAGUCAUAUUUUUGCACUACAUUUGCUGCUGUACAUGAGUACAGUACAGUUGAUAAACACUAGAUUAUGUUGCCUUGAAAAUACAGAACCUCAAGAUUUAACAGUAAACUAUAUAUAUAUAUGUGUGUGUGUGUGUGUAAGAGACCAACAACUGUGUAAUUCUUACCAAUGAUUCUUUGUGAGAUGCAUUUCAUGGUUAUAUAUUUUGUUAUACUCUGUUAUCUGGAGGUUUGCAACUAACUACAGUAUAUACACUGCUCCGAAUGAUUACGGGAUAUUCCUUAAUGUAUUUGAGUGCACUGUGGUCUCACACCACACAGCCCCAUGGAGGCUGGACGAUAGGACCCCCUUUCACAGCGCACACUAGUAUUUGCACCCGAUAUCCAUUUUGCAUUAAAAUAACUCUAGAUGAGGGUGUUAGGAAUUUUUCAAGGAUAUGAUUUGUAACGAUUGUGCACAGAACAUUUGCUGGAGCUGCGAGGUAGAUGGGGAAGCCAGGGAGGACAAGCCCUCUAGUGUAUCCUACAGCUGAAGCUGUGAAUUGCUGCUUGCUGUUUGGAAUGUAGUUGCUAGCUACUUUCAUGUUAUGUGAGUUUAUGUAAAAAACAAACAAACAAAAACAAACACAUUAAGUACCUCCACCUGCAUGUUUGCAGCCUGUGACGGACAGCGAGUUGCCUAGUAAUAGUUAACUUUUAUAGACCUCAUCAUCCUUUAGUGUGAUCUGCCCUCUACUGGUGAGCUGUAAGAACUUAAGAGACAGCCAUACUCCAUCACAAUCUUCUGGCCAGUAUUUUUUUUUUUUUUUAUAUAUAAAAAUGUAAUUUGUACAUUAUAUAAUAUUGCAAAAAAACAAACUGUUCUCUAAUGUGUAUGAGAUUACUGAAAUGGGUAAUAUGUGUAUGAAUAUUAACCCGUUAUAGUGUGGACAACUUAACUUUUUUUUUUUUUUUUUGAAAUGUUAAUAAUGGCUAAAAAUGUACAUUAUAUAAAGUCAGCCCUGAUUUGAACUGCCACUUAGGUGACCACCUGAAAUUGACAUUUGUCUACAAGGGGUGUUUUGUAUUAUUUUUUAUUCAGGGGUCUUGGGGAAGAAAACACAUGACUUGUUCAACACGGUCACUAUACUGGAGAUGGUUUUUUAAUACAGGGUUGGUUGGGGUUUUUUUGGUUAUUUUUGUCAUGUACUGUGUUUAGAAAAGCGUGGAUUUCCUGUCUGAAAUGGUCCCGGGUGAUUUUGGUCUAACCUGGCAUUUACAGCACUGGAAAUUAAGGGAAUGCCAAGGAAAAAAUAAAUGUAAAAAGAGAUUGUUUCGUCCCCUCUUGCUGGUGGGUCCUUUGUCCUUUUUAGGAGACGGCUGAAGGCAAUACAUUUUUGUUAACUAUG